CAAUUGUUUGGGGCCAAACCCCUCUCCUCCGCUUCUAAUUGCAUUCCACUUCUCCUGAAACCCUAGAGCGCUUUAGCUUCCUACUUACUUUCAACCCCGAUGGACUUACCCGAGCCACCACCAAGUGAUCUCUCAGACACCCUCAACCACCCCACCUCGGACGACCUUACCGCCGUUAACCACUUCCGGGAGAAACCUCCGCCUGACUCCGAGUCCCUCGAACCAACCGACAAUGAACCGGUUGAACCACUUCCAGCCGAAGCUGCUCCGCCCCUCAAGAAGCGCCGCCGGAGAAAGAAGCAAUUCCCGGGCAUGAUUUCCUCGGCGGCCGCCGUCACCGGCCUGCGAGUUCUCCGUCAGCAGGUGAAGUCCAACGUUUACUGCGACGAACUGAUGAAUGAGAUUGUCAGUAUGCAGAUCAAUGAUGUUCCUUCAAUCUCCAAGAACCGCCGCCGGCGAAUCGCCGACCUCGCUAAGGAGGUUGACGUGGAGGCAUUAAUCGCAAUCUCGGUAGGGUUUCCGGUGGACUCGCUCACGGAGGAAGAGAUCGAGGCAAACGUCGUAUCGCCGAUUGGCGGCACGGAGCAGGCCAAUUACAUUGUCGUUCGGAACCACAUUCUUGCGUGGUGGCGAUCAAAUGUGAAUAUUUGGAUGACUAAAGACCACGCUCUCGAAUCCAUCCGAUCGGAACACAGAUCGCUUGUGAAUUCUGCCUAUGUUUUUUUGCUCGAGCAUGGGUACAUUAAUUUUGGGCUUGCUCCCGCCAUUAGAGAAGCGAAGAUGAGUGUGCAUUGCGGUGUGGAGAAGGUGAAUGUGAUUAUUGUUGGGGCUGGGUUGGCGGGGUUGGUGGCAGCCAGGCAAUUGGUGUCUAUGGGGUUUAAAGUUGUAGUCUUGGAAGGAAGAACAAGGCCAGGCGGGCGUGUGAAGACGAGAAAGAUGGAAGGGGACGGGGUGGUUGCUGCCGCAGACAUCGGAGGAAGUGUUCUCACCGGAAUUAAUGGCAACCCACUUGGGGUUCUAGCAAGGCAAUUGGGGUUUCCUCUUCACAAGGUAAGAGAUAUAUGCCCUCUUUAUUUACCGGAUGGAAGAGCCAUAAAUUCAGAGAUUGAUUCUAGGGUAGAGGUAUCUUUUAAUAAGUUGUUGGAUAGAGUGUGUAAGCUUAGGCAGUCUAUGAUGGAGGAAGUCAAAUCCGUAGAUGUCUCGUUAGGGACUGCACUUGAAGCAUUUAGGCGUGUGUAUAAGGUGGCAGAGGAUUUACAAGAGCAGAUGCUAUUGAAUUGGCAUCUCGCAAAUUUAGAAUAUGCGAAUGCAUCAUUAAUGUCUGAAUUAUCAAUGGCAUUUUGGGAUCAAGAUGACCCAUAUGAGAUGGGUGGUGAUCACUGUUUCAUUCCUGGAGGGAAUGAGAGGUUUGUUCGGGCACUGGCAGAGGAAUUGCCCAUUUUUUAUGAUCACACUGUGGAAAGUAUAAGAUAUGGAGUUGAUGGGGUUUUGGUGUAUGCAGGCAGCCAGGAGUUCCAUGGGGACAUUGUGCUUUGUACUGUACCUUUAGGUGUUCUGAAGAGAGGCUCGAUUGAGUUUGUCCCAGAGCUUCCACAACGGAAGAAAGAUGCAAUUCAGAGAAUAGGGUUUGGGUUGCUAAAUAAGGUUGCUAUGUUGUUUCCAUAUGAUUUCUGGGGUGGUGAGAUUGAUACCUUUGGUCACUUGACAGAAGACCCAAGCAUGAGAGGGGAGUUCUUUCUGUUUUAUAGCUAUUCUUCUGUAUCAGGAGGUCCACUUCUUGUUGCUCUUGUUGCAGGAGAAGCUGCAAAUAAAUUUGAGAUGAUGUCUCCAGUUGAAGCUGUAAGAAGGGUUUUGGAUAUAUUGAGUGGGAUUUUCAAUCCAAAAGGGAUUAGUAUUCCAGAGCCAAUACAGGUUGUAUGUACUCGCUGGGGAAAAGAUCGUUUCACAUAUGGGUCAUAUUCUUAUGUUGCAAUUGGGUCUUCCGGAGAUGAUUAUGAUAUUCUUGGAGAGAGUAUUGGAGGGGGAAGAGUUUUCUUUGCUGGAGAGGCAACCAACAAACAGUAUCCAGCAACAAUGCAUGGAGCUUUUCUCAGUGGGAUGAGAGAGGCUGCUAACAUACUAAGAGUGGCCAAAAGACGUUCACUGAUUCCAUAUGAUAAAUUAGAUAAUAAUAUAGACGAGAAAGAUGAUCUAAAAGAACUAUUUGAUACUCCUGACCUGGUUUUCGGGAGCUUCUCUGUUUUGUUUGAUCCAAGGUCAAAUGAAGUUGAAUCUCAUUCCUUGUUAAGAGUGGAAAGGUCAAAUUGUAUUGAAUCUCAUUCUUUGUUAAGAGUGGAAUUCAAAGGGCAGAAAUUGGACUCAGGUUUCACACAUCUUUAUUGUUUGCUUCCUAGGAAGCAGGUCAUUGAACUCUGUGAGGUAGAUGGAGAUCAGAAUAGAAUGAGAAUGUUGGAUCAGAAGUUUCAAGUGAGGUUGGUUGGAAGGAAAGGUUUAAGUAGUGCUGGUGAAUCUCUUGUCUCCUGCAUUAAAUCAGCUAGAUGUAACCUAAAUGGAGGAACUGAGGAUGAUGCUGGUCAUCUAAACGAGAACUCUAACUCCAUGGAGUAGGUGAAAGUGCACGGCAUACUGGGAAGGCAAACUUAUUGGGAACCAAAGGUGCUUUCUAUUGUACAGUAUAUUCUCACGACCUAUUCAAUUCCCAGAUAUAAAAUUUGGCACCUAAUUGAUUCUGAACUGCAAGAUUUUCUGUAGCAACUCAUGUCAUUUAUUUGCCCACUCACAUUGUUGUACAUUAAUCAUAAUGAUAGAGUGGCUUUCUCAA